AUGUCUACAAUCGAUAGGGCGACCACCAAAGUGGCGACCUGGUACGUACGGCAACCAUGCACGUGCUUUGCCGGAUGCUUGUUCAUGAUGUUCGCGCUCUCUGGUCUUUCUGCGGGCCUGGGAUACAUGAACCUGAUGACGAGGCUUUGCCUUCCUGCAGACAUGGAUCUGGAUGUUGGGCUGUUUCCUCAGCACCCGCGAGCGCACCCGCGCUCCACCACGGCACCUAAGAGCGACGCCAAGGCAUUUUGGAAGUCGGGAUACAACGACGCACGGGUCCGCAGGCGAUUGCGGUUCUCGCUGUUCUCGUUCUCGACGUGCACCUGGCUGGGCUCAGCACUCACGCUGAAAGCUGCACCAGGAGCCUCCCUGACAGGGUGCACAGCCCGCGGCCGCCGCGUCUCCCUGCGCGGAGCGAGGGCCGCGAGGGCGAGGACUUCCUGUAAAGGUCUUGCGAGUAUGAGUCUUAGGGAUUUGAGUCUCGUGAUGGACAGCCAUCACGCAUCGAAGAGAAUCUGGUCGGCGCUGCGUUGCGGCAUCUCGCCCUUCUCGCUGAACUUGUCCCAAGGCCAGGCGGCGGCCUUGCGCGCCCUUGACCCCGACCAGCAGUUGGAAAAGCUGCUGCGGGAGGAUGCCGUGGAGAGUUUGGCAAAUAGCGAGUCUAUUGAGGAGAACGAAAACAGCGAGUUUUCGGAAGCUCCCAAAACACGGAAGUACCUCCUGCGGCUUCACGAUGGUUUGGCCGUGGAGUCUGUUUUGAUUCCGUUGCAGUCUCGGUCCCCUGCCAAGACUGCGACGACGGCAUGCAUCAGCUCGCAAGUGGGUUGUGCGCAGGGCUGCCGCUUCUGUCGCACAGGAGAUAUGGGCCUCCUCCGGAACCUGUCCUCUGAAGAGAUCCUGGCUCAGGUGGUCCAGGGGCGUCGCAUCGCACGCGAUCUGGGUUUGCCGGAAGUGCGAAAAGUGGUUUUCAUGGGAAUGGGUGAUCCCUUGGCCAACAUCCCCAGUGUCCGCGCUGCAGUCGGUGCACUGAGCGACGGACUGCGCAUGGCCAUAGGACGCAAGCGCUUGCAGGUCUCAACCAUCGCCCCGUCCCCUGCCAAAGUUAUGCAGGUGGCGGGCAUGCGCUGUGGGGUUGUAUGGUCACUUCAUGCAGCCAACGAUGCAUUGCGUUCUCAACUAGUCCCUACUGCAAAGCAUGGUAUAUUGGAGCUGAGGGAUGCUUUCAUGCAGUUGGUAAAGUCAGGCGGAGGGGUGACCCCUGACCGUCGCUUGCUGGUGGCCGUCGUCAUGAUUGCUGGAGUCAAUGACGACGAAAGGCACGCGAGCGAACUCGCGGAUUUCCUCCGACCAAUGUACGAAGAUCCUGAUGUUGGGGUCGCGCUGAACCUGAUUCCCUACAACCCGAACCCGGGCCAAGAAGACUUCGACACAUCCGACUACGGGACGAUGCUUCGAUUCCGAGAGCUUGUGAACGAUGAGCUGCCACUGCUGGGCAUCCACCUGCGCCGAACACGCGGAGCCGCCGGCUCGGCAGCUUGCGGGCAGCUGGCCACGCAGUCUCACAGAGAUCUCAGAGACAGCAGAAAAAAGGAAGAUACAUGGAUGAUCUUGGAUGGCGAGAUGACGCAGCAUUUCAGAGCUUAUCGAGCUGCGCGGGAAAGUGUGUUGGAGGAGUUUCAAGCUGACGACGCUGACGAUGACAGGGAUUACAAUCAAGAGAGGCUUUUCUUCUUCUACAAGACGGAUGUGGAGGGGACUGGCACCCUCUUUACCCCGGAGCGGCUGGUUAGCAUCUGCGAGGUGGAAAAGACCAUGCUGGCCAACAACUCGCAGGUGAAGGCCGUGCCCACUGGAGAUUCGGUCCUUGGUCUCUUCUAUGGCACGGCUGCCAACCCAGCCAUGCAAUCCGUGCCAGCAGCGCGUACGAUCGCUGGUUAUGACUGGAGCUGCCAGAAGCUUUCCCAGAGUGACGUAGACAGUGUCGUCGACACUAUGCAUACAGACCUCGCCAGCAAGGGCCCGCAGUCGCUUUAUGCACGGUUUGUCGACCCAAACUUCCGGGAGACCAAGCAGACCGCCUACUCCCGGACCUUCGCAGAGCUCCAGGUACUCCGGAACGACGAUGAGGUGAAGGUGAUGGAGCCGGCCUUCGAGAAAUUGGGCCUCGCGUACGGAUUCCUCCGCUCCGCCUUCCAAGGGGAUGAGGAUCGCUUCGUCCAGUCAGGCGACAUCCGAGUUCGCGUGACGUACACCGGGAUCAACGAGAUUCAAAAGAUGGCACUUCCAGACUUUGGACUGUCCUUUUUUUCGGUGAUCCUGGUCUUCGGUGUUUCGUGGGUUCACAUGAAGUCCAGCUUCAUGGCAUCAGCCGCACUUCUCAUGAUGAUUCUCACGCUGCCAAUCGCAUCACUCUUCUACCAAGGCGUGUUCCGGAUUGAGUACUUCGAGUUCCUGCACAUCCUCGUUGUGUAUCUGGUCUUGGGUAUCGGAGCGGAUGAUGUGUACGUCUUCAAGGACACCUUCUGCCACGUCAAGAAGGCUGAGUUUCCCUUCGCCCAGCCGGGACGACUCACAGAAGAGCAGGAGAUUCGGGUGCUGUCCUUGACAUUCCAGCGUGCUGGCACAGCCAUCUUCAACACCUCCUUCACCACGGCUUUGGCUUUUGCCUCUUGCUCUGUGUCCAAGGCGAUGCCCAUGCGGACUUGUGGUUGGUAUGCGGCGACAUGCAUCGUCACCUUGUAUGUGCUAACACUGGUAUACUAUCCGCCUGUCGUCAUCCUGUGGCAUCGACGCCUGCAAUCGAAGCGGUGCUGUUGCCCUGGAUUGACAGAACGGCCAACUGCCGUUGUUCCAGAGGGAAUGUUCAAAGAGAAAAAAGUGGACCAGGAGGAGUCUGCCGGCCCUGUGGAGAGGUUCUUCGAGAAGCUCUACAUUCCAGUGAUGUCCAAGCAAGUGGGUGGGCUUCGGAUCUAUGCCUUGUUCCUGGCUCUCCUCCUCCUGGCAGUGGCGAUUCAAGGAAUCGCUUUCGCGAUGCAAUUGACCCCUCCACGAUCCGAAGAAGUUUGGUUUCCAGGAAACCACAUGCUGCUCAGCCUCCAGGACUUCAUGGCAGACAACUUCUACACUCCGUCCUCAGACAACUACGCCGUUGUCACGAUCUUCUUGGGCAUCGCGGGCUUGGACAAGACCGGCAUCCAAGUCUAUGAUCCAGGAGCAUUCACUGGCACUGCCAUCUACGACGAUGCCUUUGAUCUGAGCACUGCCGAGGCUCAGUCGGCACUGCUCAGCAUCUGCGACAAAGUGCACAACAUCACAUGUGACCUGCAGGGAUGCGACAACUCUGGCUACGACCAGAAGACCUUCCUCAUGCAAACCUCGGAGAGGACCGACGCUUGCUUUCUGAAAGACUUUCAGACAUGGCUGAAUGGGCCGCUUCCGACCGGGGCGAACUUCACAGCUCAGCUCAAGAAUUUCCGCGACAAUGCUGUUGUAGGCGACUACUACGGGGACAUCAUGAAAAAGGAAGUUAAUUUCAAGGAGGACAUCGGCUUCAUCGCUGGUGAGCUCAAGUAUGUUGCCAUCAAGUUCCGAAGCGUGAUGAAGAAGCGGCUGCCAUUUUCCAUAGGCACAGAAGUGCGGGAUAUGCUGCGUGAGUGGAUGGAUCAGCAAAGAGGACCCCUGCCAUCCAGCCUGCAGAGCAUCAAGUUCCAUGGGAAUGGAGAAUUCCAGAGGUACGACAUGGGAGAGGAACUCAUCAACGGGCUUUUCUCCGGCAUUGCAAUUGCCAUGCCGGUCUCAUUUCUGGUACUCCUCAGCUCGACGCGAAACAUGGUUGUGGCAAUCUAUGCCGUGCUCACUGUGGGCUCCAUCGUGCUUUGCGUGCUCGGUUUCUGCAAGAGUGCCAUGGACUGGGAUCUGGGCAUAGGCGAAGCCAUCGCGGGUGUCAUUGUCAUCGGAUACUCCGUGGACUACGUCGUGCAUUUGGCACACAUGUACUGCGAAGCCAAGCACUUCGGCCAUGAGACGCGUGAUGAUCGGGCCAAGUUUGCCAUUCGCAACAUGGGCUCAACCAUUUUCGCAGGUGCGUUGACCACGAUGCUCGCUGGCGCCACGAUGUUCAUGUGCUUCUUCUACUUCUUCAUCAAGAUGGCUUUGCUUAUCUGCGUAACCAUCAUGUACUCAUUCCUCUACUCCCUGGUCUUCUUCAUGGCAGUUCUCUGGCUCGCAGGACCCGAGUACAACUUUGGCUACCUGUGCUUGCCCAAGUGGUGCAUGGGCGGUUCGCACAAGGAAGAGGAAGUGACGAUCGUCAACAAAGACGUGCAGGAGAGCAACACUGCCGAUGCAGAGAAGCCAGCAAAAGAGUAUGAUCCGGCUGAAAUCACCGAACAGGAACUCGACGAGGGGCCGCGGACCAUUCAGGUGCCCUGA